AUGUUCCCGCCCGUCGAACCAUCUGUUCUCGAGAAUAACCCCGACUUCGCGACCCUUUACGCGACACUUACCAAGUCGAUACUGAAUCCAGAUGGGACCACGAGAGCAGACCCUUCUGCCAAGUCCAGAGAAGCUGUCCAUGACGAACUCCAAGGCCACCGCCUCAAAGCCGCAAAGCGCCACCUCCUAGCCUCGGCCGUCUCCUCCGUCCCCGAACCAACACGCACUUCCUCAAGAGACCCUCCCCUCCCAGAGCCCUUACUUGAUCUUCUCGUCCUCCUCCCACCUCUCCUCAGCGAUCCUCCCACGCCAGACUCGACGGCCCGGCUCUUCGCGCACCCACCACUCUCACACCUAUCCGAGCUCCUCCCCUUGCUCGGGCCGCUCAUAUCCCGCUCUCUGCACGAUUCGGCCCUCGCCAUUGCCCGGGUCGUUUCCCCCUCGACAAAUCCGUCGUACCUCCACCGCACGAUACCGACUCUCCCGCAGACCAUAGCGUCACUGUCCUCUUCCCUCGCACUCACACCACCACCUCCGCAGCCGCCCACAACAACAUCCAGAAAAUCAUCCAUCUCUACGAUCGCUCCCCCCACCAACCUCCCAGGCACCCUCCUCACCCACCGCCAAACCCUAACCUCCAACCUACUCCUCCCCCUCCUCAACACCCAAACCAAAACCCUAACAACCCUCAUCCACGCCCUCGAAUCCAAACACGCAUCCCCCUCCCGCUCCCUCCAGCUCCGCGCAACACACCUCUCCCUCGCCUCCCAAACAUCCCACCUUUCUGCACAGAUCAACCUUAUCCUCUUACGCGCCACGGUUUUCUACCCGCCCGAGGUGCGUAGGGCCCUGGUGAACUACGCGGCGCAUUUGCGAGACGCGCGCGUUAGGGUCGAGGAGAGAGUGAGGGAUUUGGAGGCGGAGUUGCGGGAGUUUGGGGUUGGGGUUGAGGGCGGGGAGGGGAAGGAGAGGGUUUUGAGGGAGAUGGCGAGGGUUUAUGGGGGGAUGAGGGGGGAGGUUGAGGAGGUUCGGGGUGAUUUGGAGAGGUUGAAGGGGAGGUGA